CCACUGUAUGAGCUAAAAUGAAUAUACUGUCUGAGGCUACACUGUAACAAUUUUUAAUGCAGUGCUUGUACAUGUUAUGUCACUAUAGGCUUUGACUUGAAAGCACCCUAAUUACAGGAUGAAGCCAAAAGUGGAUGCUGAGAAGCAGCUUGCUACAAAGCAGGUUUCUACAAGUAAAGCCAAUGGCACAUCACAGAGACAGACCCUUAAGAUGAUACAGCCGUCUAUUACAGGUUGCCUUGUUGGCAGGGCAAAUGAGCAGACCAAAUCAUCAAUCAAAAGGAAACUUUGGAGUGAUCAGCUUAUUUCAAAAUCUUCCAAAUCUGAAGCUUCUGUUGAAACAGAAUACAGAAAUAUAAGAGGAUCUAUUCAAGCCUCCGAUCUUACUUCAAAAGGCAAUCCUUCACCCCGAUAUUGGAAGGAACUAGCUGAGGAGAGGAGGAAAGCUCUGUAUGAAGUAUUGCAGGAAAAUGAAAAGCUGCAUAAAGAAAUUGAAUUAAAAGAUGGUGAGAUUGCACGCCUGAAAGAAGAGAAUGGAGAGCUUGUAGAGCUAGCCAGCCAUGUGCAGUACAUGGCAAACAUGAUUGAGCGACUAACUGGACAAGCACCAGAAAGCCUAGAGAUGCUGAAAAACUUAGACCUGGAGGAAAUUGCCUAUGCAGAAAGUGUUUCUACAGGGGAUAAUUUGGAUGGUGAAUCUGAAGGCGAAUAUUUACAACUUUCCAGUAAUUCUACAGAGGAUGCUGCAGAUGGUGAUGCUUGUCAGUGAAAGUGUUGGGCUUGUAAAAGGGAGAUGAACUGCCAGGAAGCAUAGUUUGGAAUGGGGGAAGAGUGGAAUUAUCUGAACUAAAGAUGCACUUAAGAUUUGAAGACAAGUUUUGGUUAGUAAUGUGUAGCAGAGCAAGUAACUAUCUUGUCUAAAGUUUUAGACUGCAUCGGGUCACUCCAUCAAAUGGAAAUACUAUGUAUUUCAGUUUGUAAAUAGUUUUUAUUCAUAUGGUAUAUUCAUGUGCCAAAUAAACUUACUUGCAUAAUUGUG